AUGAUCUAAUUUAACAGGAAUUACUUAAGCUUCGCCUCUAUAAACAAUGAUAUUUAAUAAAAAUAUCAACAUAAUAUUCCUGAUGAUGAAGUUCCAAAAUAAUGCAUAUAAAAAUAUCAAUUUACUGAUCUAAUUGAUAUUAAGUAUGGUUACUAAGAUAAUAAGUCAUUUAUUUUCGAAAUUAAGAAAAAUUUUCCGAAAUAACCUGAUUUUUUAAUUGGGGUUGACUUAAUUUAUUUAAUUGAUAUAAGUCUAUCAUUAAAUGAUGAAACAUUAGAAAAAAUCAAAUGUGCUUUAAAAUGCUUAGUUAAUUAUUUAAGUGAUAGAGACAGAUUAUGCAUAAUUCUUUAUAAUAAUAAAGCUGAUUAACUAUUUCCAUUAAUUCCACUUAAUCAACAAAAUAAAUAGAUAAUUUUUGAAAAAAUCGAAUAGAUAACAAAUAAAAAAGGUCAUCCAAGUAUUUUGAGUGCCCUUUUGGUUGCUAACUUAUGCUUGAAAUUAAGAUAAUUUAAAAAUUAAAUUACUUCUAUUAAUAUAAUUAGUUAAGAGUAUGAUAUAGGAAGAUAUUGCUCUGAAUUUGAAUAAUUGUUUUAAAUUGAAAAAUCGUUUAAAUUGAAAUGUUUUCUUUUGAUUUAGAAUAAUUUAUUUUAGUCAUCUUAGAUAAAUCAGAGAGAAAAUUUAAAAAUUGGAAAACAUUAAAUAAUAAAAAAUGUGGAUGAUUUAUCUUCUUAUUUAUGUUUUGAAGCAGCUAAACUCUAAUAAACAGUUAUAACUAAUUUAUUAAUUAUAGUAAAAUCAUAGAAAAAAAAUUAAAUUUAAAUAUCUGAAUGUGAAGGUGGAAAAUACCAUUAUAUUAAUUCUUAUGAAAUAUAGAUCAAAAAGAAAUUAGUAUCUAUUGGAUAUAAUAAAACUCAUCUGGUGAGUGUAAGGAAUAAUAAAGAGUUUGAAGCAGGUUAAAUUUGUGAUGUUGAAGUAUCUUUUUAAUAGUUAAAUACAAAUUAUGAAUAAAAAUACACUAUUCCAAUUUAUUUUUUAAAUUAGAUGAGUGGUAUCAUAGAUGAAGCUGUUAUAGUUCAAAAAUAUAAAUUAAAGUCAAGAAGUUAAAUGAAGGAAGCAUUAUCAUACUAUGAUCCAUAUAGUAUAAAAAGUUGUACUGAGAUUCUCAAGUUAUUUUAAUCUGAAGUAGCUAAUCUUCCUGAUUGUGUAAAAUAAUAGUUACGGAGUGAAACUUAAUAAUUUGAGAUUGCUAUAUAAAAAUAUAUUUAAGAACCUUAGAAAUAAAUUGAAAAUCCAUUUAACUAAAUUGAUUAAGUUUAAAAGAGAUAGCAAUACUAAUUAUAUCAAGAGCUUUGA